UUUAACGUGUGCAGUUACCCAUGACUGUCUUAUAAUCAUAACAGGGAUUGUAGAUGCAGGAAGUUUUUUCUGUUAAAAAUUAUGUUAUUGCGUACUACACCUAUCAAUUAAAGUAACUAAGGAAUAUAUACCGAAAUAAAAUAAUGGCGACUAAACGAUCAAGCAGUAUCGACAGUGGUCUUUUGUCCUGCGAAGUCCAAGCCAACAGAGAAGAAACACUACUAAAACCAGUUUUCUCAACUCCAGAUGACAAAAAAGAAAAAUCUCAAAGAAAUGAACAACCUUUAUCUUAUUCUAAACCAAUGACACCAAAAGAACGCACUCAGAAUGCUGAAUAUUAUACUAACAGAAGAAGUUUCCAUGCAGUACCUAAUACAUCACCCCCGUCUUCAAAAGCGGACUCUGAUUCAGAUCUUGGCAUUGUACCUGAUGUGACUAGGCUACUUUUAGGCAAUAGACAGCGUAGAUCUAAACAUCCAACAUCCCCAACAUAUUCAAUACAUAUUAACACAUUGUAUGUGUACCAGAAACCCACAUUGCCGGUUGAGAAUCCACUGUAUGGUCAGGUUCCCGUAGGGAAACGCGAUGACAAACCUCCAGCACCUUGUGUGAAACCAGCUGGAUACCAGUAUGUUUGGCCGUCUACAAAUAACACAGAAGAUGAAAAGCAACCAGCACAGCACCAUGACAGUUUUAGCUAUAACAAUUCAAAACCUUCAUCACUUCAUUCAAGUUCGACAUUUGCAGAACAGAAAACUAAUCAUUACAGUGGGCUUGACAAAAAGGCCGAACCAUACUUACAGUUUGGAUUUCCAAGUUCAGUGCUUUCACAGGGAGAAGAAAUGGAGAUAUUGAUUAAAGGGAAAGAAGGAAACUCUCGUCGCUACAAGCUACAACCAAUAUCGGAACAUAGAGACGAUAAAGAUGCGUUUGUAAUGAAGACAUCUGAAGAUGAUAAAGUAAUUAUUGAAGGUUUUACCAUUGAUGAUCCUGAUGAGGCAUUCUCGGAAACAAGGAGUAGACAAUCCUCUUCUGCAUCACUUUUCAGUAGCAGUACAGCUAGUGCUGCUAUAGAGACAACAGUUGAUAAUUGUAGAGUUACUGUCAAUACAUUUGAAUCAAAAGAUGAGGAAAGCGAAAUACCAUUUCCAGAAAAACACAUCAGUAUGUCAGCAAGAGAUAUUUCUUCAUCAGCAGCUUCACCAACCAUUCAUAGAUAUUCGGCGGAAUCGAAUCCUAAUAUUGUGCAGAAUGAAUUCAGUCAAGCGUACUCGAUGAAUGACCCCACCUAUUUCGAUUUUGAAGCAUAUAAGAAAUCGAAUCCAUUGCAGACGGCAAACAAAAUACCAGGUAGUUUUUCUCAGUCCGUACCGAAUAUUGCAAUAGCUUCAAGAAUAGACACUUGUUACGAAUGCCGAAACCAAAAACGUGGUGGCAUAUUUUCUUCUAAAAAGAAAUUAUCACGGUCAUGCACUCUGGACGGUUUCUUUUAUAUCACAGAUGGGAAUGAAGUAUCUUUAAUGAAAGAAGUUCUCGAUCAGAAUGGAAAGUUGGGUAACUGGUUUAUCACUCCAACCGUUCACCAGCCGGGAUAUGCCCAUUGUUUAUACUUAAAAACUAAGCGAGAAGUAACUAGUUUCCCGAUCGCAAUCAACAAAAAGAAAAAGAUGUUUUUAGAUUUCAACCUGAAGAAGAGUUUUCCAUGUUUGUGCCAGUUAGUGGAGUUUUACAAAUCAACACAUUUACCAUCAGUUAAUAUCAAUCUUGGACAACCACUUCCAAGUAAUGCUUUCCCGGAUAUGAACUUUGGCGCUGAUAGCAGUGGAAUUUUACUACAACAAUACCAUGGAGUGAAAUUAUAAUCUUUGAUUUAUUUAUUUAUUAAAAAGUGCUGGACUUUUUUUGUGUCCUUUAUACCAAUCGUAAAUAUAGUUGACACUGUCACUACAAAAGUGUGUUUACACAUGUAUGUUUAUUGAAACUUUUAUUCUUAAAAGGUCUUAACUAGAAUAAAUGUCAAUGUGAUCGAAUGUUUCUCAACAUAUUUGUAUUUUAGUUUCAUUACAUUAUUGUGUAACAUGAUCUGUCUCCUUUCAAGACCGUUUGUAGAUAUCAACGAAAAUGUUAAGAUAAGAAGACAUGUUUCCAAGUCAUUUUCUUUAUCAACGGUUAACAGGACUCUCAGUACUACAUUCAAGAUGGAAGAACAGCUUAGCCUGUUUCUAUCUAGUUAAUUUUCUUCAUAUAUAAACAUUUACUUUCGGAUAUAAGUAUUUAAUGCUAGGAAGAGAAAAUAAAAUAACAUGUAGAUGCAAACUUAAACAUGUGCAUAUACAACGAUAAUAAUAAUUAAUCAAUAAAAAAAAUCAUAACUUUG